UCUUUUACGGCUGAGCUUGACGGAGGAGAAACCUGAAUCCGAUUACUGCGAUUUACGUUUCUCCCGAUGACUUCCACACUAAUCUCCUCAAAUCUCUCUUCCUCUUUCUUCCCAUCCCAAACCCUCCGCCGUAUUCGAAUCCCGGCGAAUUCAAUUCCCGGAGGUUGUAGUAUUCGCACUCGCCGCUCAAAAAUCGUCUCCAAAUCACUCGAUCUUCCUCUUCUUCCUUUCAGCAUGAGUGAGGUUCUUGUACCAACGGAGAGUAAAACUUUGCAUUUGUAUGAAGCAAGGUACUUAGCUCUACUUGAAGAGUCAAUGAAGAGGAAGAAGAAUAUGUUUGUUCAUUUCAUUCUGGAUCCUAUUUCAAUUAGUGAGUCUGCUACAGAAGCUUCCUUUGCUGCUCGAUAUGGCUGCGUGGUACUUAUCGAAAACGUUGAGAGAUUAGAUGUUGGUGCACUUGUUUCUAUACGAGGUGCUGGUCGUGUGAAGAUUUCACGGUUUUUAGGGGCAGAUCCUUACUUGUCCGGAGAGGUCAGACCAAUACAAGAUCGUGUGAAUCAGGAGAGCAUAUAUGAAUUAACCUCCAAAGUCUCCCAGCUGAAGGAGUCUAUUAAGAAUCUUAACAGCUUGGAGAUCAAACUUAAGGCUCCAGCAGACGCGCCGCUACAAACUCCUCUCAUUAACUCUCUAAACUGGGCUGAAGAUGAGCGACCAGUUGAAUGUGACAAAUCAUUUUUACCUUCUCUCCAAGAACGUCUAUCUUUCUCUGCAUUUCAACCCAUAUCUGGAUCGUCAAAGUCAGAACUAUCAAGGCUACAACAAGAGAAAUUGAAAGCAAUGGAUAUAAAAGAUACAGUAGAGAGGUUAGAACUCUCAAUGGCACUCAUAAAAGAGAACAUUUCCUCAGUUGCAGCCAAACUCGCCAUCCAAUCCUUGGAUAUUCGCUAAUCGCUCGCUUGACUAUACGAUAAGUCUCUCCUUGUAAAUGUUUCUUAUUCAUAACAUUAGUAAAGAAGCUAAAUACCAAAAAUGCAAUGAACAAAAAAACCAUCGAAACUCUCAUUCAAAUGUGUAAAGAAGCAAUAAGACUAGAAUAAGCACGCUUCCUUAUUUGGUUCAA